UUUACGCGGAUUCGGUGAAGGGGCGAAAAUGAGGAAAAUAAUAAUGGCGGCGGCGGCGGCGGCGGCGGCGAGGAGUGGGAGUCGGGCUUCACCUCGGUGUUGAACCCUCCCGUUGUCCGUGCGAGGGGGAGAGGGAGAGGGAGUGAGCGAUAGUGGCGGAGAAGCGCCGCUGGACUCGGGGGAGUGGCGACUGACAGCAGCCGGAGGAGAGGAGCGGAGCGGAGAGCCAUGGCGGUGGUGUCGGCGGCGGCGGCGGCGGGCGGCGAGUCGGCGGGACAGCGGCGCAUGGAACAUUCUGGAGUGAGGGGAGGGGGCGUCUAGGCCUCUCGACGCCACAAGAUCGUUUCAGAAACGAUGAAGAACGGGUAGAUUGUCGAUUAUCAUCUGGGCUGCUUUUUUGUUGUUGCUGUUCAUGGAUUUUUCAACGUACCGAGCCAAGGGAGUGUUCUCCUGAUCUGGAUUCGCUUUAAAUUGGAAUGAAAUAAUGGCGACACGUAGGUCCUGUCCAAGUGAAGAGGAAGAUGGAGAUGUAAAUGGAAAAAAACGCCCAAAUGCUGGGGAGGACGAGGGAAAACAUAAGAAGAAUGGGUGUGGGCAAGUCGAGAGCACUUCACCACAGGUGGAUGACAUGUUCUCAUGGGGAGGCCCAAAAACCAUUAAUUUACGACGGAAUUCACAGGGUUUUGGAUUUACGCUGAGGCACUUCAUUGUAUACCCACCAGAGUCAGCUGUACAUACCAAUAUGAAGGAUGAAGAGAAUGGAAAUAAGGGAUCACAAACCAGAGGCAAAUUGGAACCAAUGGACACUAUUUUUGUAAAGCAGGUUAAGGAAGGUGGACCAGCACAUGGAGCUGGGUUAUGUACAGGUGAUCGGAUUAUCAAAGUAAAUGGGGAAAGCAUUAUUGGGAAAACGUAUUCUCAAGUUAUUGCCUUGAUUCAGGAAAGUGAUUCUGUUCUGGAACUUUGUGUUAUGCCAAAAGAUGAAGACAUCUUGCAGCUGAAACGGAACAAUUUAUGUGAAAUCCAUAAUGGAGAAACUGAGGCUUAUUCUCAAGAUGCUUAUUUAAAAGGCAAUGAUCCAUUCACAGGCAAUGCUCAGAACAUCCCUGAACCACCACCUGUGUGUUAUCCUCGAUUGACUAGCCCUGCUUCAUCUGUGCCUCAGCCUAUGGAAGUUUCACCACCAGAACCUUCUCGAGGGAGGCAACAAAUUAGUAGACCAGUGCAGGCAAUUGCUACAUCCGACAAAGGAUAUCGGACUGAAGUGCAAGCAACAACUUCACCAAUAGAUAUUUCAAAAACUAAUACCGCUGUUUGUGUUUGCAAUGAAACAGUAAAGACUGUUAUUGUGCCUUCAGAGAGGGUUGAUGAUUUUGCAUCUGGCAGAAUUAAUCAUUCAAGUCCAGCUCAUAGAACAGAAGAAGUACGGUAUGGGUUGACUGACCACACAACUGGGAAACCGAGGGCAAGGACUGCUUCUUCUUCAGCUCUGUUGACCAGUACUACAGUUCAGCAGGUUUCAAGUGGUAGGGCAAAAGAUUCUACUGUAACUACCUCUACCACUAACACUGGUAAACAGACAAUCCAUGGUUCAUGUAUGGACACUGCUUCCAGCAGGGCUACAUCUCAAAGUACCGAAUCUUCAACAAUCACAAAUCAACGGGCGUCUCCAACAACUGUAAUUUCACACCAGAAUAUAGACUGGCGCAAUUAUAAAACAUACAAAGACUAUACUGAAAAUAGGCGUUUGCACAUGUAUGGCAGUAGGACAAUACAGGAAAGAUUGGAUAGUUUGAGAGCAGCUGCUCAAAACUCAACAGAAUAUCAACAAACAGCUCCAACACAUAUUACAACUCCAGCACGACGUCGGAGCACUUCACAUGAGCGAUCUUACCAAGCAACAUCAAUGAGAUAUCGUAGCGUGUCUCAAGAAAGAUUAGGAGAGUCUGUUUUAAUGAAAGAUUGGCCACGAAGUGCUUCACAAGAUGCAUUAAUAUCACCAGUAAUUGGGCCACAGAACCACAGGACACGAUCAUGUGAUUAUAUUGGAAAGCAGGCAGAGAUGCCCAAUAUUCUCGCUGUGGAUAUUGCAACUUCAGGGUCACAUGAUUCCGCUGAUGGUAAGGUGCAGCGAAAAGACCAAAUUACUGGAGUUCAUGAACUUGGUAAUAGACCUAUUUCUCGAGAUAAAUUCCGGCAUCCUGUUAGACAAGUUGGGCAGCCAGGAUCUCGGAUAUCUAUUAGUAGUGCAACACAGUCACAGAACAAUAAUCUUUCACCAAAUCUUUCCAAUGCCGACAGUAUAAAGAUAAGACAUAAAAAUCGAAAUGUGGCCCAUUCUAGUCCUGCCACUUCAAGGUGGAAGGUUGCCUCAGACAUGAAACUUGUUCAGCAUUCAGACCACCAGUCUGCUAAUACAGGCCAGCAAGCUCAAGUUCCUUCUCAAGAAAAGUCUUAUCCACCAAUGUCAUUUCAAACUAGUCUGCCAAGUCCCUUGUUAGCCACUUCCAUUUCCUAUGCAAUACCACCAGUCCUCUCUCCUACCCAAAGUAUUGGCAUUGAUGCAUUAAAAGACCAAAGAAUGGCAAAUCGUGCUAAUCGAUGUGGACAGCUCUUGGAUCAAAGAGCAAGAGCUGAAAGUGUGCCUGAGUAUCCAGCAGAAGUGGUUGUUGGAGUGAGAUCAGCGUCGUGUCCUACAACAACAUCUGUGCAGCCUUUUGUGGCAACAAGUAGGAUCGUAAAGGCCUCUGCUACCUGUGCUGUUGCAAAUGCAGCAGUGAGACAAAAGAGCAAGGAACCAGAAAAAAACACACUUGAAAGUAAACAAGAGGAGAAAGUAAGAUUGGGUGUUGAAAAUUCCCUUGAAGAAAAUGAACAUCCUUCUGAGCAUAAAGAACAGGAGCUUUUGGACAAAAAAGAAACCGUUGUCUUGAGGGGAAAACCUGUGGCAAGUCGAUUAACACCGCAACCGCUAAGACACCAGUCAUAUAUUUUGGCUGUAAAUUCACCAGAUACAGUAACGGAUCCUACCUGCUGGCUACCUAAUGAUGCCCGCCGUGAGGUAAAUAUGAAGCGAAUGGGUGAUCAGCGCAAGGCAUCGAGUUCAAGCCCACAGGAUGACUCGUUAGCAUCUAUCCCUUUCAUUGAUGAACCUACAAGUCCCAGUAUUGAUCAUGAAUCUGCUCACAUUCCUGCAUCAGCAGUAAUUUCAGCUGGAGUCUCUGAAACACUAAGGACAGCAGCAGUACCUUCCAGCCCGACUAAACCAUCCCCUUUUAUUCGUCGUCAGUUAUCACAUGAUCAAGAUGCCAUCAGAACUUCGACUCCUGAUUCAAAGCCCAGUGGAAAAACUGAGAGAUCAAAGUCAUAUGAUGAAGGAUUAGAUAAUUAUAAAGAAGAAAAGUUAAAAUCAUUGAAGCAAGUGCCUAGCCUGAAAGGAUUGAAGAAGGCCUCUGAGAGCCUGAAAUUUUCAGAAGAUGUGAGCCCAAGAAGAGAUUCAUCAUCAGACAGCUUUAGCGAUGGUUCUAAGGAAGGAUGGCUGCAGUUUCGGCAGAUUUUUACAGAAAAAGGAAAGCGAGUUGGUGGCAGCAUUCGACCUUGGAAGCAAAUGUACGUGGUUCUACGUGGGCACUCUUUAUUUUUGUACAAAGAUAAAAAAGACAAGGCAGCCCAUGCAACUUGCCAAACCGAUGAAGAUCAACCAAUUAGUAUCAAAGCCUGCCUGAUAGAUAUUUCUUAUAGUGAAACCAAGCGUAAGCACGUGUUUCGAUUAACCACUUCUGAGUGUGAAUACCUAUUCCAGGCUGAGGAUCGGGAGGAUAUGUUGUCAUGGAUUAAGACUAUACAAGAAAACAGCAAUUUGGACGACGAAGACACGGGAGUUACAAGCAGAGAUUUAAUUAGUCGGAAGAUUAAAGAGUACAGUACCAUGAUGAAUACUUCUGGCAGCAAAUCAGAACCAUCUCCAAAAACACCGCGGCAGACUCUCAGUAUUAGGCAGACCUUCUUGGGAUCCAAAACUGACCCAAAGAGCCCACAUUCUCCAAAGCAAGAGUCGGAAAGAAAACUUAUAAAUGACACAAGCCCACCAAAAGACAAGGGAACAUGGCGAAGAGGCAUUCCCAGCAUAAUGAGAAAAACCUUUGAGAAGAAAGCAGGUCCUGGUGUAACAUUUGGUGUCAGGCUAGAUGAUUGUCCACCUGCUCUUCACAAUAAGUAUGUACCAUUUAUAGUUGAGGUCUGCUGCAAUUUGGUUGAAGAGAAAGGACUUGAGUACACUGGAAUCUACAGAGUGCCUGGAAAUAAUGCUGCUAUAUCAAGCUUGCAAGAAGAGCUCAACAAAGGAAUGGCUGAUUUUGACCUUUUGGAUGAUAAAUGGCGUGAUCUGAAUGUCAUCAGUAGUUUACUGAAAUCCUUCUUCCGAAAACUUCCAGAGCCUCUCUUCACAAAUGAUAAAUAUGCUAAUUUCAUAGACGCCAACAGAAAAGAGGAUUCAGUGGAUAGACUCAGAACCUUAAAAAAAUUGAUCCGAGAUUUGCCAGAUCAUCAUUACGAAACUUUAAAAUUCCUCUCCGCACAUCUGAAGACAGUAGCGGAAAACUCUGAAAAGAAUAAGAUGGAACCUAGAAAUUUGGCAAUUGUAUUUGGUCCAACCCUUGUCAGAACAUCAGAAGACAACAUGAUGCACAUGGUUACUCACAUGCCAGAUCAAUACAAAAUAGUAGAAACACUCAUACAACAUUAUGACUGGUUUUUCACUGAAGAAGGUGAUGAAAGUGCAACCACACCAGUCCAGGAAGAAAGCACAGUUGAUACACAGCCAGUGCCAAACAUAGAUCAUUUGCUAACCAACAUUGGGAGAACAGGAACUACUCCGGGAGAUGUUUCAGAUUCAACCACUAGUGACUCAGCAAAAUCUAAGGGUUCUUGGGGAUCCGGAAAGGAUCAAUACAGCAGGGAUCUGCUUGUGUCAUCCAUCUUUGCUGCAGCCAGUCGUAAAAGAAAGAAAAAGGAUAUAAAGUUACAACAAAGUAGUUCAGAUGAUGAGUUGGAAAGUGGAUUUUCCAGGAAAGAAAUAUUAAAUCAUUCCUAUACGGGUGUAGCGAAGGAACUAGGAAAUAAAGGGGAAUCUGAAAAUGAAGUUGAAUUAUCUGAACCAAAGAGAAGGCAAGAUGAUUGGUGUAGUGAACAACAAGAGAAAGAAAGUCCGGGGGAAAUAAAUGAAUCUUUAACUGUGGCAUUAAUUGAAAAAUAUGAAUCGAGAAAGCAAGCCUCUCCAGAAGAAACAAGCUGCACAGAGGAGAAGCUACCAGAAUACUGCCUACAAUGCACAGACUCGCCUAAUGUCAGUUUAACCAGUCCACAACUAAUUGCAAGCACAAAACCUACUUUUAGUAUUGAGGUCACUCCCAGUAACGUGAACCUCCACACAGAUAAUGCUGUAACUAACUUAAAUACCACAAUUAAUAAUAGUUCUCUGGACUCUCAACAGCGAAUUAACUUAAGCAAGACAAAGAAACCAGCAGUUAAAAUCAUAGAUUCAGUUACUGCAGAUGUAAGCUCCAUCGCUUCAGAAUAUUCCACAACUUCUUCCAUAGCAUACCUUCCAGGAAUGGAGUCCCAUGUGUUAAAUGCCGAAGUUCAUUCAGUGGCAGAAAGCAAAGGUGAUGAGGCUGAUGAUGAGAGAAGUGAACUUAUCAGCGAAGGACACCAUGUAGAAACAGAUAGUGAUAGUGAUUUUUCUGUUUUUGCUGCAAGUUGCGCACCUGAAAAGCUCCUACGUGUAAUUAAACAUGAUCCAUCAAAGAGUGCCAGGAAAAACUCAGAAGGAAGUGACAAGAUUGGAAUAGAGGGAAGUUCAACACCAAGGUUGGAUGAGAGGAAAGCAUUCAGCUCGCGUAAGCUCAUUGAGAGUGAUACACUUUCCAAGAAAAAAUCAUUUCGAUUAAAAGGUGAUAGUGAGGUGUCAGUAGAUCCAAAGGAACCAGAAGAGGCAAAGAGAGAUCACACGGACUUUGAUGUAAUGAAGAAUGGGAAAUCCACAAGCAGUCUGGCUUCAUUUAUUAAAAAUGAACCUGAUAAGAUAGAGCCUGGAUGGAAAUUGAAAAUUACAGAACGUUUAAAACUGCGUCUCAAGAUUUCUGCAGAUGACAUGUUUGGAGUUGGCGUACAAAAGUCAAGCUGUUCUGAUUCCAGUAGGAAAAAAAACAUUAGGAGGAGGCAUACCAUGGGGGGAAAUAGGGAUUUUGCAGAACUCAGCGUUCUAAAUGCAUGGCGAGUACAGGAACAAGAGCAACAUUCCCCAGGUAAUGGAGAUAAUGAACAUCAAUUGUCAGCAAUGGAUCGUCUCAAACCAAAAUGUCACUCCCAAGAUCUCUCGAUCACAGAGUGGCUUGCUCGAGAACGCUUACGCAUUAGCACACCAGAUUUGCACACGGAGAAAGACUUGGACCCAAGAACUGUGGUCAUCAGUUUAGACAAAGGUACAAACGCACAGUUGCCUGCUUCAUCUGGAGAAGAUGCAGUCAGCUCUGGUAGUUUGACCCACUUCAGUCACCCUUCCCCUUCAACAUCUCGUAGCCCACCAUCCUCAGCCGAACAAGUAAAUGGUGCCAGCCACCAAAGCAAGGGAAAAAACAGUUUUAGCACAACCGUUGACGCUCAUCCCCAUAAAAUAUCCAGUAAUCAAGUAGUCAAGUCUCGCUUCUAUCAGUACUUGUAGGUCUGCAAUUAUUUAUGUGUCUAGUGCUGCAGAAAAUUGUACAGCAAAUUGCUUGUUAAACAGUAUACUGUUUUUCUAUAUGAAUUUCCUGUACAUAUUUCUAUCUGUACUUGAAUUUUGAAAAAGUUGAUGCUCUGCCUAUAAUACAGGCUGGUUUCUGUGCUGGGUACUGUGGAAGCUCAUUGUGUACACUGACAGCCAGAAAAAACGAUGAACUUUUGUACAAAAUACAUUUAGAAAUUGAGCGAAAAAGAGCAUCAAGUUCUGAAGUCUUCAGACACAAAAUCCCAUGAACUAAUUAUACUGCAUGAUCAGUGAUUCCUGCAUAAAUGUUCUAAAUUGGAUUCAGCUGCAUAUAUUUCAACUUUACAAGGGUGCGCAAAACUAAAUCAUUGGAUUUGAUCUUUUGAACUUUAUUUGCUAAAGAAAGUGCCUCAUCUCAAAAAGGAAAUUGAUUUAGAUAGGGUGCCAUGUUGUCAUUUUAGUUUAAAAAAAGAUUAGAAAUCUACUGUGAACAAAUUAUUUUAUCUGUAAACAAAACAAAAAUAUCACUAAAAUAAUUUUCCAGAUUUUAUUAACUGAACAGCUCGAGCUUCCACACUAUAGGCAUUCCAGUUGGAUCUUAAGAACAUUUUUUAAUUCAGACUUUUAAUACGGUCUUUGUAUGGGACUUGAUUUUUUUAAAGUUUCUGUAAAGAUGCAUAAAUGUAUAUAAUUUCAUGUGUCGCUUUUUCAAAUUUGAGAUUUGAUAAAAGCUUUGUAACAUAGGCAUGUAGAUAGUGUCUCUGGAAAAACUGGUCCCUUGCUCAUUUUUCAUCAUCUCUAAAGAGGAAUCUUAACUGUGCAUGAGAACUGUUUUCUCAGAUUCAACAUUGUAUUUAGCCUGUGUACAGAUAGAGGCAAAUUGUUUGUAAAUGUGCCCUGGAAACACUGGAAAUAAAUUUUUUGUUUCUGU